AUGGCAGCAUCUCAAUCUGUCGCGAUAACAUACGUCCCUGCCGACUGUGGUUCCAUCAUCCCCGGCAAGUCGAAAGCGCCACAAGCCUUCCGUGAUGCCGGCAUCGUCACGAGACUCGCGGACCGUGGCGUCUCGACCGUCACAGAGCACGAGGCUCUCUCAGCACCCGCCACACACUCCGUCGCCAAAAUGGGUCCCCGCGGUGUGCGCAACGAAGAGCUUAACAUCGAAGUGUGCAAGCAGGUGCAUAGCACCAUCUCGGACAACCUGCGCGGGGCGCCCCAUGAGGCGGGCGGCCCACUGCCAUUCCAGCUCAUCCUCGGCGGGGAGUGCUGCAUGUCUCCCGCCAUAAUGUCUGCAUUUUGGCAGCACCAGCAGGACGGCAAGAGGGUCGGCCUCAUGUAUAUCGAUGCCGACUUGGACCUCGCUUCCCCGACGGAUCCCGGGUCCACGGGCGUCUUUGCCGGCAUGAACUGCGCCAACCUGCUCGGCUUCCCGGGCACGCUGGAGAGCAUGAAGCAGUUCUCGCGUGCUCAUGGUGGAGGAUUCAAUCCAGUCUGUGACAGCUCGAACCUCGUCUUCUUCGGUACCAACAUGACCGCGGGUGCCUGCCCGGGGAACAAGACGGAGCACUUUGCCCACCUCUUUGACAACAACUUCAAGGUCGUCAGUGCGGCGUCUGUCGAACGUGAUCCGGCAGGCCGAGCUGAGGAGGCUCUGCGGUUCUUGCAGGACCAAGUUGAUGUCAUUUUGGUCCAUCUCGAUGUCGACUCGAUCGAUCCGGUGUCGUUCCCGCUGGCAAACGUGCCCAAUUACACCGGCGUGCAAUUCGAGUCGAUGAUGCAGGCGCUGAGUGUGUUCAUGGCGAGUUCCAAGGUGGCGGCUCUGACGAUCGCGGAGGUCAACCCUGACCAUGAUCCAAGCGGGAGUAUGGUGAGGACGUGGACGGAUCGGGUGACAGCCAUGCUCGCCGCGAGAGGGCACACAUCAUAG